GGUAUUUAAUCACGUCACGCCGGUUUUCUCCCUCUCUCCUCCGCACUUUUUCUCUCUCAUUCAGACCACUCCUCUCCCUCCGAUCACUCCCUCAGAUGAUCUGACUCUCCGGUACCGGGGACAGAGUCUCGCGCUGCGUUCGUGCAAACCGGAGGAAGUGCCUCGCGCCGAUCCGUCUCUCUUCACUGGAUUUGAUUCACUUAACCACAGAUAUUCGGGACAAAAUGGGCAGACAACAAGGGAAAACGCACACAUUAUUUUGACCGUAUUCGGUCACGACUCUUGCGGGGACUUGCGAUGACUGACACGUCUAUAUGUUUUACUGAAUAUGCGUAACGAGAAAAGCAGAUGCGAUGUAAUCGUUAGCAAUGAACUUGAAAUCCCAUUCCCCCUCAGUAAAUGGGAGGACAUGGCAGAGGAAUGCCCUAAACCCAGUUUAUUGUCUGCAUCAUCUCGAUAGGGCAUCAGUGGAAGAGUUUGUCGGUGUAUAGCGCAUUAUGUCCGUUCAGCACUGCAUUGAUGUAAGGGAAACGAUGGAGGAGCGGAGAACAAACCGCGCCGUCGUGUGAUUCUUCAAUUCAGAGCCCUGUCUCAGCACCAGAGCCGAUCAAUUCUUGGAUUAUUGUUGGAAUACGACAACAAUCUGUAGAAGUAGUCUAAUGGACAAUUGCUCAACGAUUCAGUCGCAACUGUCCCCGGGCCCCGAGAUCCACAUAGGCAGCUAGGACUCCCUUCCAUCAAGUGCAGUGUCUGGAGAUGACUACUAAGAGGAAGAUCAUCGGCCGCCUGGUGCCCUGUCGAUGCUUCCGGGGAGAGGAGGAGGUCAUCUCAGUGCUGGAUUACUCCCACUGUAGCCUGCAGCAGGUCCCGAAGGAGAUCUUCAGCUUCGAGCGCACACUAGAAGAGCUCUACCUGGACGCCAACCAGAUCGAGGAGCUGCCUAAGCAACUCUUCAGCUGUCAAGCACUCAAGAAGCUGAGCAUGCCUGACAAUGACCUCUCCAGCCUGCCAACCACCAUCGCCAGCCUUGUGAAUCUGAAGGAGUUAGAUAUUAGUAAAAAUGGUAUUCAAGAGUUUCCGGACAGCAUCAAGUGCUGUAAAUGUCUAUCAGUUGUGGAGGCCAGUGUAAAUCCUAUAGCCAAACUCCCAGAUGGCUUCACCCAGCUCCUCAACUUGACACAGCUCUUCUUAAACGACGCCUUUCUUGAAUACCUGCCUGCCAAUUUUGGGAGAUUGUCCAAAUUACGAAUCCUGGAGCUUCGUGAGAAUCAUCUGAAAACUAUGCCAAAGUCAAUUCACAGGCUGUCACAACUGGAACGGUUAGACCUGGGAAGCAAUGAAUUUUCUGAAAUGCCAGAAGUGCUGGAGCAGAUCCAUAGUAUAAAAGAGAUGUGGCUAGACAACAAUUCCUUACAAACCAUACCAGGGUCAAUUGGGAAAUUGAGACAGCUUCGAUAUCUGGACUUGGCCAAGAACAGGAUUGAGAGUUUAGAUGCAGAUAUCUCUGGAUGUGAGUCUUUAGAGGACCUUCUGCUCUCCUCCAACAUGCUUCAACAGUUGCCUGAUUCAAUAGGGAAGUUGAAAAAGUUGACAACAUUAAAAGUUGAUGACAACCAGCUCACCUCACUGCCUAACACCAUUGGAAGUGCACGUGGCAAAAUCGGUUUAUCACUUUUAGAGGAGUUUGACUGUAGCUGUAAUGAAUUAGAAUCCCUGCCUCCCACCAUUGGCUACCUGCACAAUCUUCGGACAUUUGCAGCCGAUGAAAACUUCUUGACUGAGCUGCCCAGGGAGAUUGGAAACUGCAGGAACGUCACGGUCAUGUCCUUGCGCUCCAAUAAACUGGAGUUUCUGCCUGAUGAAAUUGGACAGAUGACAAAACUACGUGUUCUCAAUCUGAGUGACAAUAGGUUAAAGAAUCUUCCCUUCACGUUCACUAAACUGAAGGAUCUUGCUGCACUCUGGUUAUCUGACAAUCAGUCCAAGGCCCUUAUCCCCCUCCAAACAGAGGCCCACCCUGAGACCAAACAGAGAGUCCUCACCAACUACAUGUUUCCUCAGCAGCCCCGGCAUGACGAGGAUUACCAGUCUGACACUGACAGCUUUAAUCCAACCCUCUGGGAGGAGCAGAGACAGCAGAGGAUGACUGUGGCAUUUGAGUUCGAGGAUAAAAAGGAGGAGGAGGACAACUCAGGAAAAGUGAAGGUUGAGAUUAAUCUCAAGCGCUAUCCCACCCCAUACCCAGAAGACCUGAAGAACAUGGUAAAGUCAGUGCAGAGCCUAGUGGGUAAAACUACUCACCCCCUCAACACUGAAAAAUGUUCUUCGGGGACCAAUAUGGAGCUUCACAGCCAAGACAAGUACGAACACAAGUGGCCCAUUGCUCCUAAGGAGCUGACGGAACGAGAGGUGAAAGACUAUUCAAAACCACAGAUUUGCGAUCAAGGUGCCAUUCUUAACACAGCCAUUGACAUCCCAAAUCGCAAAGACAAAGAGGAUCUGACAGAGAGUUCAGAAAUUUCUUUACAUCGCGCCGUUCCCAAGCCGCAACAGCCAGAGAAUGCGAGCCUGGCCGUUUCUUCCUCUUCCUGUUUCUGCCUCAUAGACUCCAUGGGAGGCUCCCCUAAUGAUAUCCGAAUAUCUGACAUGAGACCGACUCUGGUGGAGCCGGCGAUGUACAAACCAAAGGUUGUGUUACUGGGCAAGGAAAAAAAAGAGUCCACAGAUGAAUCUGAGGCGGAGAAAAUGCAUUGCAUGAACAACAGCGGCUCAUCUGCCACUUAUUCAGACUACUCACCGUCCCAGGGAUCAUCUGGCUCCUCCAACCCACCUGGAAAUGUCAGUAACAUGCAGAACGCUGGGAAAGAGGGUCCGACACAGACUCACUGGACCAACCGGCUGGCUCAGUCUUUCCCAAAGCCCAUCGAAACAAAGCCCCUUCUCAGCCAGAGGGAAACACCUCCUUCCAGUACACUGCAGCAGCGAGGUGAGAGGCGGCCUCUCAGCGACACCUUCGACAACUGGAACAACGCCCCCCACUACGAUAACACAGGUUUCGUCGCAGAGGAGACGGCUCUUGACACCCAAGGCAGCAGUGCUGGAAACCCCAUGCUAGGCUCAAAGCCCCGGAGCGCCUCAGCCUCACACGGGCGACGCCCUCUCAUGAGACAAGAACGUAUCGUGGGAGUUCCCUUGGAGCUCGAUCAGACACAACACACUUUCCACACAGUCCGCACCACCCCUGAAACUGAAGUGCCUGCUCCCUCUAACCCAUGGCAGAACUGGACGAGGACUCCCAGUCCCUUCGAGGACAGGACGGCUUUUCCUUCCAAGUUGGAAAUUACUCCAGCAAACAGCCCCAACCCUGACCGUAAGGAUUUCGAACAGGAGAUGGGAGAACUUCCCAGUACUUUUCCCUCGAAUAGAGCAUGGGGUUAUCUUGACUCCACAGACUCGGGGAUGGGACGAGGUCAUCCCAACAUUUUUGCACACGUUCAGAGUGGAAAAGAACCGAUCAAAGGAGGCACAUUGGUAGUAAGCAAGAGCUCCGAAAGACUUUCGCCCAUGAUGAAGGAGGUAAAGGCAAAAUUUAAGAAGUCGCAGAGCAUAGAUGAAAUAGACAUGGGGUCGUACAAGGUUUACAGCAUCCCAUUGGACAGCUACAGUUCCAGCAUAGAAAAUCAAGGAAGCGUUGAUCGAUCGGACCUCUCUAUGCCCAUGGAACAGAGUAUGUCCAGGAGCCAAUCGGCUCCCAUGCUGGAUGAUGAUCUGGAUUGCUACGGUUCCAGCAAAAGCCUUCAGCAGAAGCCCGCAAUUCCAAAGAAAGUUUACCAUUUUGACCAAAGCUUCAACCCGCAGAGAGCAGACAGGAGAGUUCCUCCACCCUUCCCCAACACCCCCGAGUACAUUAACCAACCCGGCAAGACGUUGCCGAAGGAGCUCAUAAGCCCAAGAGGCUACAGGGGCUAUCAACCAAUGGACCAGAUGUUUUCAUUUCCUCAGGCUGCAGUCACCGACGAUGCUGUGAAUCACCAGCUCUCUGUUCAGCCCCAGCGCUCCAGGCCGGGCUUCUUGCGGCGGGCCGAUUCUCUGGUAAGUUCAACGGAGAUGGCAUUAUUCCGCAGAGUAGCGGAGAACCACGAGCUACAGAUGGCAGAACACUACCAGAACAGGCCUCAACAGAUAAAGAGCAUGCUGGAACAACAAAACAGCUUGUCCAACAUGGCAGACACACAGUUCCACAAGAGGAACGGUAGGUAUGAAGAUGAUUACUCAUCUUAUCAAGAGCCCAAAAAGCCCAUCAUGGGUUAUCCCACCAAGAGUCUGACGCAACGUCGCCCCCUGUCUGCACGGAGCUACAGCACAGAGACAUACGGGGCAUCUCAGGCAAGACCAGUGUCUGCCCGACCCACCAUGGCUGCGCUGCUCGAGAAAUUGCCUUCGGAUUAUAAUCUUAGUUCAUGCACUGAGAAGAGCCCUGAAGCUGACAUGAAGAUGAGACCCGUCCCUCAGAAACCAGAGGACAUGAGUUCUAAAAUGCCAAUAGAUUGGAGACAACAGCUGCUUAGACACAUAGAAGCCAAGAGACUAGACCGGAGCGCUGUCCUUAAGCACAACACAGUAAACUUCGGCAUGCUGUACUCUGGAGGCUAUGCUGCACCGCAUGCCAGCAGAAGCAUGACAAUAAACUUUUACAAUAACACAAAGCAUGAAAACCAAACAACUCAGUGGCUACCUCUACCAAAAUCACCUUCACAACAGAGCAAUAUUUUAGAUAACGGACAAGAGGUCGUUUCCCCGAGUAGCCAGUGGGCCCCGUAUUCACUAGGACGAAGAGACGUGCCACCCGAGAGCAUGAAUAUCAUCAAAAAGCCUGGUGUUCACAAUCCCCAUCAACAACAAACUAUGAUGAUCACCUCAGCCCCCCCGCCCCACCGGACGGCCCGUGACCAGCAGUAUGAGGGGGCCAUCAACAAGGUGUCCAUCCAGCAGUACCAGUCACCCCUGCCCAUGCCCAUAACCACCACCAGCCCCCGGCCACAGAGUGCCCGCUGCUUCAUCCAGACUAAAGGCCAGAAGAGUAUGGACGGCUUUCCAGAACAGCUCUGUGUGAGAAUUGAGAAGAACCCUGGCCUUGGUUUCAGUAUCUCAGGGGGUAUCAGCGGGCAGGGAAACCCCUUCAAGCCCUCGGACAUGGGUAUCUUUGUUACUAGGGUACAGCCUGAUGGACCUGCCUUCAACGUUCUUCGACCAGGGGACAAAAUUCUGAAGGCCAACGGACAUAGUUUCUUACACAUGGAGCAUGAAACUGCUGUGUCUCUUCUGAAGAAUUUCCCGAAAACUGUGGACUUGGUAAUCUUAAGGGAGAGCACAACAUAAAUAUUUUUAUAGCUUAAAGACUUCUCGCCCGGAUGGAACACAGGAACUUGUAAAUCUUCUUUUUAUCUAGGAACAAUUUUGCCAAUUGCUGGACCAAUGGCAAUUUCCAGUGCCAAAUGUAUAAUAGAGGACAUAUCUAAUAACGUUCCAUACGGCUUAUACAUGAUACACAAACAUACAUUGGUUGAAAUCUUUGGUUGAUGUUGUUGAUAUUCUUUAUCUCAGCCUGUGGCUGUAAGUGGGUGCGUUUUUCCUGCUUAUUUAUAUGGCGUAUUAUUUUGUACCUAUUUUUCCUAGCGGCUUUUGAGUUUGAUCUUUGAGCAUGAAAGCACAUCUGCUUUAAGGACAUUUAUCCACCAUAACACUGCCUCAACUUUGUAAAUGCCUUGUGUAAAUAUAUACAUUUACAAUGAAAACGUGAACCGAGCGUAUAAUGUGAAUCAAAGAGACUGAUGAUUUUCUAGCACUAUUCCAUUUUUGUAUCAUUUAGAAGAUGUGAAAGUUUAUCCUUCUCCCAAACAAAAAUCUAUCCCUUUUAAUCUUGCAAAAUUAAAGAGUCUGUAUUUGCACAAAUCAAAUGACAGAGAACCCCAAGCACUGUUCAGUUCCUUUGUUGAGUUUUACACACCAUCUACUGGUUAGUUUAGAUAAAAUCAUGGAUUUUUGUUCUCAGAUUAGGCUGGGUUUUAAUAAUUUGCUAUAUAAAAUAAUGAUGUUUUUUGCUGCCGGGAAAAUUCAUGCAUUUGGCAGUUGUUUAUCACACAAGCUACUGUCAUAUCACACAGUAAAUGUUGAAUUGAAAAGAAGUAAAAAGCAUUCAUUUUAUUUUUUUAAAGCAUGAUUUUACUUUUAAACUUUUGUUAUUAUGCAUAUUAGGGGUCUUUGUGUUUUACAUAACCAUUAUUUUACAAGGCAUUUUAAAUCAUUAUUCUUGUGAUAAACAGUGCCAUACAGUUUUCCUGAAUAAAUCCUGGACAUGUUUAAAAUGUUGCUAAAAUGUAGCAUUUGCAGGAGAACCCCCAAUACAUCCCUCACUACUCGGAGCUCGUGAGAACGAUUGGUGACUAUUAAAGAUUAUUAUAUGGAUGAUGCAAUUAAUUGUUCAAAUAUGUUGACUAUUAAAGAUUAUUAUACGGAUGAUGCAAUUAAUUGUUCAAAUACUAUUGUGAAAGAACAUUUGAUAAUGAUUAUUUUUACUAAAUGUUUUCAGAUAAUGGUUUCUAAUAUAUUGAUAUAAUUAGCUAUGCUCAAAUGAUUACAUUUUAUAAAUACAAAAACAAAUGUAUGGAAAGAGAGUUAGAUUGUAAGAAAAGGAAAUACUGGAACAUGUACAAUUCUUUCUUAAGUAAAUGUGAAUUUUGUGUCAUAAACUUAUAUAUGUAUAUGAAUAUACAAAUGGUCAUUUUUGUAUGUGUUUAAAGACCUAUUGAAUAUAAAAGGUAAUAUAUGGUACUAUUCAGUCUAAUUGCAGUAUUGAUGUAAAUAACUAUGAAUGGAGACAUUUAAAUUAUUCCAAUAGAUUGUGAAUGUACUUAAAGCUUUCUGCAGUAUUAAGACUUACUGAACUUGAAUGCCGUUUCAUUUUUGUGCAAAAAGUAAUUAUAUAUAUAGAAUAAAUUAUUCAAUUUAGUUCACAGGGAUUAGUGACAAUUUAUCAUAUUAUUUAUUUGCACAUGCAAGUUUCCUCCUUCCAUUUUCUUUUCUGUAUUACCGCAAAUAUGUGAUUGACUUAUAUUCUGUGUCUAGAAUGCAUUUUGCAGAUGCUAUGUACAUAUUUAAAAUAAAUUUUAGUU